UUACUCUUUCUUUUCCUUUAUAUAUUCAUAUCUCUUCUCUCUCACAAAACCAACACUUUUCUCUCUCAAAUACUUGCAUUGGUAGUAAUAAUUAAUUGUUUGAUUGAUUAUGAGAGAAAACUACAGAACAAUGAAACAAGACACAGAAACAGAGUCAUUGUGUCUACCAAACAAUGUUACUGACAUUACUUGCAUGGAAAAUCAACCAACUGUUAUGAUUGAGAAAGUAACCAAAACGGUGCGUUUGAUAAGUUUUCUGAUACAAAACGGUGUAUCUAAGAGUAACAGAGUUAUGCAAGAUAUUCAACAAGUUAUGAAAAGAGGAAAAACCAUAGGAAAAACACUGAACAAUGUCAUGGUGAAACAUCAUGAAGCACUCACGUGUCGUCCACGUGAUGCAGAUAUGUAUUUUGUUUCACCAUUGGAGUAUCAGUUCAGCUGUAGCAGCAGUCCCCCACCGCGGCUUUCUCGUGCUGUGAGCAGCAGGAGGAAGCUUUUAUCUCCGGCGAAAGAGCAUGGUCGUCGGCGGGAAGUUAAAGUGUGUUGCGGGAAUGGAAAUGAAGGGAGGCGCGUGAAGAUGACGACGGUGGAGAUGGAGGAGAAGGAGUUUCAUGUGGACAAAGCGGCGGAGGAGUUUAUUGAUAGGUUUUACAGAGAACUGAGGUUACAGAAAUGGUUGGAUCAUCAACAUCAGUAUUGCUGACGUGUCGUGUUUGUGUUUGUUUGACUUUUGUUGCUAGUAAAUCAUGUGGUUAUGAAGGUUUCUAUUCUAUGUGUUAAUGUUGAUUUUGUGUAGUUGUAGACUUUUAGGUAUGUUAUUAUUGGUUUUCGUUUUGUAGUGAAAGUACUGUUAUUGUAUCAGCAACAACAGCUACCUUUUUUAACUUAGUUGACCUUUCCUUUAUAAGUUCAAAUGAUUACUCUUUUGGUAAAA